AUGGUGUUCCAAUUCACAUUACCUGAAAUUAUUAAUGAAAAACCUGAACCACUUCGUGAAUUAAAUUCUAAUAUACAGCUCUUUGGAAUGUCACAAGUAAUACAUGAAACUAUCUGGAAAUUUAAUAAAGUAUUUGAAGAUUUGUUAGCAUUUCGGCUCAAUGAAAAAGGAGAAUUAGAGUAUAAUAAAAACUUCGAUUUUACAGCAGUAGAUUUAGAAAUAUCAAAACAAAUAAAUUUUGGCUGUAAGCUCCCACCUCCGAAUGUAGUUAUACUUGAACCAAGUGGAUCACCAAAUGAUAACAAUGAGAUCUUACGAGCUACAGAAAUGUAUAAAAAGGAUUUUUUAUUAAAUGAGAAUGACUUUUUAGAUAUUUGUGCUGACGAAGCAAUAUUUAGGAGAUUAAUUAAAUGCCGUAAUAAAUCAGAAAAUAUACGACCUAUCCUGGGUCAGUGGCAUACGUCUAAGGAUAUGAUGAGUGCACUUCUUAUUUUAUUUUCAAGUUACGGCAUUUAUGAUUUGACUACAGCUUUAGGUGUAAAAUUUUUGGAUAAAUUGGCAGCCGUUGUUGAUUAUCGAUCCACAAGAAGAGUUUUGGAGUUAAUAUGGACUGCAGUUGAAAAAUACCCACAAUUAGAACAAAAACUUCACCAUUGUGCCUCUAUAAAUCUAGCAAGAGAAGGACAUUAUCCAGCUUAUGAUGAAGCCUUGGAGACUCAUGGUGUUGCCUAUAUCAAACAAAAUAUUACAGGAAAUUCAUGUAAUCAAGAAAAUUUAGAAUUACAAAUUAGAGCAACUCAAGAGGAGAGAGAACGAAUAGACACAUUAUUGAAUGAAUUUCUGGAUACUCACACAUACUAUCGAAAAGAUCAUAACACUAACAAUCGUAUUGAUCCAUUAUGGAAAUUAUCACACGACUUGCUAGAAGCAUUUAAAAUGGAUAAUGCUAUCGAUCAUGACCUUUUCAAAAAAAAUUCUCCGCCCCAAUUAAACCAAGAAGGAUUAAUGAAAAUUAAUCAAGCCUAUGAAGAUGGAUUAGGAAGAAUAAAAAAAAUUUAUCGACAAGAAGUAAUAAAAAUUGAAGCAAUUAAUACUAAAGGAAGAAGAAAGUUGUCAGUAAUGAAAACUAAAGUUUCUGAUUUAUCAAAAAAUAAAAAAUCAAGAAAAAAAAAUGCGCCAACCAUACCAGAAGGUGACAAUGAAGGCUCUUCUCAAUUAGCAAGGGUGUUGCAAACUAUUCAAUUUAAUGAACAAGAUUCCCAGUCAGUUUUAAAAGACAAAAAUAUUAACCCAAAGCGAAAAUGUAUUGAAUUACCAGAAAAUCAAGAAAAUGUUGAAAGUCAGCCUCCAUUAAAACGUCAAAGAGUUGUAACAACUGAGGAAGAAAAGGAAAUUUUGAAGUGUUUAUUGCAAAAAAAAAUAAUGCCUUCGGAAAAUGAAAUUAACGAAGUUUUGACCAAAUUACCACAAAGUUGGAAUAUUCAGUGUAUUAAGAGGUAUUGGAGCAAUAAUAGGUGCAAAGAGAAUUGA